AAAUGAUCGAAAACUCUCUAAUUUAAGUUUCCCGCCCUGGGUAGAUUGCUUUCGUAUUAUAUUUCUCAUGUUAUUCUAUGACAGUUUCAUUUGGAUUACAGACACGAAUUUGACGUAAUCAAAUAGUUCUGCUUGAAAGAAGAAAGGAAAUAUACGGAAGAGCAUUUGUUAAUAUGGAUAAGAUAAGGGUAUUUAUGCAUUUUAAUGCGAUGGCUGCCUUAUCAGUUUAAUUUGGCGUUAAAUAAAAUACGAAGAGAACUUGUAGACAAUCUCAAGUUCUCAUCAGUCUUCAUUCGCAAAGAGUGGAAAUCACUUAUAUAUACAUUAUUUCUUAUAUCUAAAGUUAACUACCACUUGCAAUAUGUCGGAACAACUACCAAAUAAUUCUGAAAUGUCUACUCCAACAACUCCUGUAACUCCCGCAACUCCUCGAAUUGGACAACUUAAGAACACUCCACCAGCAAAAGCCGUUAGGAGAACGCCUCCUCCAGGUUCAUCUCUCAAUUCUCUUGCUGCUCCUAAACCACCAAGAGACGUACAAGGGAUGAGUAAAUAUUCUCAAUUAUUGGAAGUUAUCGAGGAUAUCGGAAAUGAUAUUAGACCCACUUACGCUGGAAAUAAAUCCAGUUCGGAAAGACUAAAGAAAGGAAUUGCUCAAGCCAAGCUGCUAGUACGAGAAUGUUUGAUUGAAUGCGGUAAAAACGCUAGAUCUUAAAGAUAUAGAAUUUUAGAUAUAGUAUAGAAUAGGGUUACUUUUUCUGUCAUCUAUAAGUUCUUAUAAAAACAAAUUAACCUCUUUUGAAAAAGUUCAUGUUUUGUUCUCCUAAUUAAGUAUUGUAAAGACUUCCUUUUUUUUAAAGUUUCAAUAAAGCGUAUUAAAUAAAACUAUGAAGAAAAUAAAAUGACUUCACCCUUUUUUUUUAAAAAAA